AUGCCAGCCGACUACUCCUCCACAGCGCAGGCGCUCUCGCUCCCUAUUUCUCCGUCUACGUCUACGUCUCCGCCGCCCACAUCCACCUCGCCCAAGAGACCCUCCGCAGCAUCCGGCGACACCGACGACGCCGCCGACGCCGACGACGAUGGGCCGGUACCGCCCUGGGUACGGGCCCCGCGCCGGGGACCCGGCGGCAUGGGCAACAACCGCAACAGCGACAGCCACCAACGGAGCGCCCGACGGCUGUCGACGCCAUACUCGCGGACAUCGACACACGAGGACCUCUCCCUCGGGCAGCGCAUAACACAGACGAGCCUCUCCAUCCUAAACAAGCUGCUGAAGCUAUUCUACAGCCUGACGCCAGUCCAGCGCGUCCUGGCCAUCGUGGCCGGCGUCGCGGCCCUCGCGCUCGGCAUUGUCUUCCUCGUCUUCUCGCACAAGAUCUUCAGCGCGCUGGCGCCCGUAGCCAAGGGGUGGCGCGCGCUUCCCGGAGGCUGGAUUUUGGUGUUCCUCAUCACGUCUCUGGCGGCGUUCCCGCCCAUGAUCGGGUACAGUAGCUGCAUCACCAUCGCCGGUAUAGUGUACGGGUUCCCGGGCGGCUGGCCCAUCGUGGCGGCCGCGACGGUGGUCGGAUCCACGGCCUCGUUCGUGGCCUCGCGCACUGUGCUGUCAAAAUACGUCCACCGCCUCGUGGGCGAGGACAAGCGCUUCGUCGCGCUGGGCCACGUGCUGCGGCACGACGGGCUCUGGGUGCUCGCGGCGAUCCGGUUCUGCCCGCUGCCCUACAGCCUCAGUAACGGGUUCCUCGCCACGAUCCCGAGCGUGUCGCCCGCGAGCUUCGCGCUCGCCACCGCGCUCGCCACCCCCAAGCUGCUCGUCCACGUCUUCAUCGGCAGCCGCCUGGCGCUGCUGGCCGAGGACGACGACAUGUCGCUCGGCGACAAGGUCGUCAACUACCUGAGCAUGCUGCUCGGCUCCGCGCUCGGCAUCGCCGUCGGGCUUAUCAUCUACCGCCGCACAAUGGCGCGGGCGAAGCAGCUCGCGCGCGAGGAGGCCGCCGGGAAUGGCAUUGUCUCCGACGCCGGCGAGGACGAUGAUCUGAACUACGAGGAUCUGGAGGAGGGCGUCAUGGGCGGGCGGCAGCAGGAGAGGGCCGGCGAGGCGGAUGCCGCGGCGCUGAUGGACGAUGAUGAUAUGUCGUUGUGGGAUAACGACGAUGACGCGUAUCGGGAUGAGGACGACGGCAGCACUGGUGCGCAGGCGUUCUCGGACGAGCAUGCGGACGGGCGAUACCCCACCUCGGGAUCAAAAUAG